CCCGUGCCCGCCCUUUGGGACUGGGGCUACUUGGACCGCUGCUUCGCCCGCCACCGCGUCUGCAUCUCCUUCAGCCUGUGGCUCUGCGCCUCCUCCUGCUGGAUCGCCGCCCACACACUGCUUCUCUAUCUGAGAUGUGCGAAGAAAUGCAAACAGGACCAGUCAGCGCUGUGUGCUGCGUGCUGCCUCCUGGCCAGCCUGUGUGACACGGUCGGGGCGAUUCUGGCCAGACAGCUCACGAUCCAGGUUUUCACUGGUGCCUACCUAGCAGCUGUUGACCUGAUGAACUUUGUGUUCAUUCUCUUCCCAGUCUGCGGCUCCAAGUUCAAGUCUAAUUCGGGUCAUGGCUCCCAGGAGAGGAAGGGGAGGCGGCGGCUCAGGGCCAGUGUAUUUGCCUUGACUCUGCCCCUGAGCCUGGGCCCCUGCUGGGCUCUCUGGGCUGCUGUCCCGAAGGCUUCAGGCCUUGUCCAAGGGCCACAGCGGAGGCUGCUGGGAAGCCAGCUGCAGGACAACACUGAAAUGUUUGGCUACCUGCUGGGUGGCAUCGCCGCCUGUGGCUCCUGGGCUUCCAGGAUCCCCCCACUCUCCAGAAUCGUGAGGCUGGGGUUGGGGCUGGGUUUGACGGAGACUAUUCACGCCUCUGUGUGUAUGGUCCCUGUAAGGCAAAUCCUUCGAGGCCGACGCUUUCCAAAAUGCUUUUGUUUAACAAGUAUUUCCCAAGUGCUUGGUAGAGGCAGGGUCUUACUAAGAGAUGAGCCCUUUAAGGAGGAAAGUAGAGAGUCAGGCCUGGCCCUGUGCUCAAAUGAGCUCCCCAACCCGGGGACAGAGAGCGCAGGGUGGGGCCCAGGGCGCAGAGGUGAAGGCGGCACUGGGUGGCUGCAACUCUCCGCUUCCUUGGCCCUUAACUCCACUUCCCAGAUCAUUUUCCUUUCCUGGGUGAUGAAAAGCAAGAUGAGGCGGGCCUUGGGGUUUGCCUCUGAAGCCAGAGAGAGCCCCGACACCCAAGCCCUUCUGACCUGCGCAGAGAAAGAGGAAGACAACGAGGAGGCGAGGAAUCAGGGGCUGGAAAACCGCUGGUCCCACCAGUGUUUGCAUGUGGAGGGGACCGAGAAUUCAGAUUGGGUGCCUCUCACUACACUACCGCACUGCAAGCCACUCAGGACAAUGACAGCCAUCAGUCACUACAUGGAGCUGACCAUUGAGCCCGUGCAACAGGCAGGCUGCAGCGCCGCCAGGCUGCCGGGCGACGGACAGAUGAGCACGGGAGACGUGCCCCUGCAGGAGCCCCCCUCGUACCCUCCCAUUCGGGUCAUCCGGGCCCGCGUGUCUUCCAGCAGCUCCUCCGAGGUCCCCUCCAUCAACUCCGACCUUGAGCACAAGUAUUGGGAGGCCCUAAGCUUGAAGCAGUGCGACCCUGAAGAUAAACCUUGAAGGGAAUAAAGACAACGUGAAGAUGCUUAGAUCCCAGAUGCAAAGGUGUCCUAUGAGGCCAGUGGACUUAACUUCUGAUGAGUAAUACUUCUUGGAGCCACAUCAACAGCUCAGACCCCAAAGUCAGCUGUCAGGAACUGAGCAGAGGUCAACUAGCAAUGACACCCAUGGCAGGAGUUUAAGCUUCUGCUGAGUCUGCCCAAGAAAGUGUGGAACCAGGAGCUGUCACUGCCCUUGGCCGUUCUCUGCCAUGGCUUGGAAUGGAGCUAAGACUUUGGGUCCUAUGCACAGACUUGACAUGCCCACAGAGUACUCUUGUGAAAUAUAAAUCUUCAUCCUCUUUUCCCUU